AUGUUGGAAGAUGUUAACGAUGAAAUCCCUCUUUUUACCGAACGCGAACAAGAAACCGUUUUAGAAGGAGAACCAAUCGGGACUAAAGUUACUCAAGUUAAUGCGAUUGAUAAAGAUGGAACCUUUCCUAAUAAUCAAGUGUAUUAUUACGUUGUUGAGUCUUCACGAAACGAAGGAAAAGAUUACUUCGAAAUUAAUCAAGAUACGGGGGAGAUCUUCACCAAAAUCGUCUUCGAUCGAGAAAAGCAGGGGGCGUACGCUUUGGAGGUGGAGGCGCGUGAUGGAGCACCAUCAGCCAGACCGAAUAGUGACAAUCAACCAAAUUCAGGUAUGUAA